AUGGAACGAACGCACGAGCCCGCUGUCUUGAUCCACGGACUUCUCGGGUGGGGCAAGCGCAAGCCGCUCUACAACUUUGGCCCCGACUACUGGCCCGUCGACGCGUUGACUGCCGUGAACCCCAACUGCAUUUUGGUUGACGUGGGCGUCGCCUCGUCCGACCACGACCGCGCGUGCGAAGCCUUUUACCAGCUCAUGGGCGGCCGCGUCGACUAUGGCGAGAUCCACGCCCUGGAGAAGCAGCACUACCGCUACGGCUACACGUUUGAGACGCCGCUGUACGCUGCAUGGAGCGAGGACAACCCCGUGCACCUGAUCGGUCACAGCUACGGCGCCACGACAGCGCUCGAGCUCUACCAGCUACUUUGCACCGACUUUUUCAAGGUCGGCAGCAACCACAAGUGGGUCAAGAGCAUCACGUCGAUCGCAGGUCCCCUCAGCGGCGCGACGAUGGGCCACAUGUGCGGCCUCGAGGCCGACGAGUCGAUCAAAGCUGGCGGUAUCAACCACAUUGUGGGGUCGGCCAUCUCGACGCUCUGGAAGCUCCAGCACCACUUUCCAUGGCUUGACAACCUCUACUCGAUUCGCAUGCCGCAGUGGCUCGGCUACUGUCAGUGGUCGACCAUCUACGACGUCAACAGCACGCCCAUGACCACCGGCGACAUGGCGGCCUACUGCCUCCUUCCGUCGUCGCGCAUGCGCCGCAACGGCGAGCUUGUGCACAUGGACAAGGUCCACCUCGUAAGUAUCGUGUCGCGCGAUGACGCGCCUCCGUCACACCACUACCGCGACGCCGCUGCGGCUGUCAUUGUGCUCGUCUUGUGGCGCGCCGGCAAGUGGCUCCUGGCGCUCGUCGGGCUCGCGGCGUGGCAGCGGUACCGGUCCUUUGACGCAGCGCAGAUGCCGUUCCUCAUGACGUUCUUCCUUCGGCGCCACGCGCACUCGAUCGCGACACCGAUCUACGACACUUUUGAAAAGGAAGAGUGGGCGGCCAAUGAUGGCGUUGUCAACACGUACUCGAUGCUGCGUCCGCGCUACUGCGAGACGUUUGCCACGGACCCCGACUUGCCGCGCAUUCCAUCGCACGUCUCGAUCGACUUGGAAGAGGCGGAUACGGCGCUGCCGACGGGACAAUGGCACGUCUACCGCGUGGCAAAGAACCAUUUCUGCGGCACACGCUGGGACCGCGAUGCGAAAGCCCUCUACACCAAGCUCUUCCGUCUCCUGAACGCGUCUCGGACGCCGGGUCGCAUCGCCUAA